AACACCACACACACCAUUACAAGCCAAACAGCUAGCGGAGAGGAGAGCUGCGAGAGCCGGCGGCCAUGGUGAUCUCGCACUCGAGCUCCGGUGUCGGCGAGUCCGCGUACAACACCUUCUCGUCGCGCUACGCCCGCGUGGAGCUCCCGAGGUACCGGAUGCCGGAGAACUCGAUCCCCAAGGAGGCGGCGUACCAGAUGAUCACCGACGAGCUGAUGCUGGACGGCAACCCGCGGCUGGACCUGGCGUCCUUCGUCACCACGUGGAUGGAGCCCGAGUGCGACAAGCUCAUCAUGGACUCCAUCAAUAAGAACUACGUCGACAUGGACGAGUACCCCGUCACCACCGAGCUCCAGAACCGUUGUGUAAAUAUGAUAGCUCACUUGUUCAAUGCACCAAUAAACGAGGAUGAGAAAGCUAUUGGAGUUUCAACAGUGGGAUCCUCCGAAGCAAUAAUGCUUGCAGGCCUAGCAUUCAAGAGGAAGUGGGCAAAUCAAAGGAAGGAGCUGGGGAAGCCAUAUGACAAACCUAACAUUGUUACCGGUGCAAAUGUUCAGGUUUGCUGGGAAAAGUUUGCUAGAUAUUUCGAAGUAGAAUUGAAGGAAGUCAAGUUAACUGAAGGAUACUAUGUUAUGGAUCCGUUGAAGGCUGUUGAGAUGGUGGAUGAGAACACUAUAUGUGUUGCAGCCAUCUUGGGGUCUACUCUCACUGGGGAGUAUGAAGAUGUUAAACUAUUGAAUAGCCUUCUUGUGGAAAAGAACAAUGAAACAGGGUGGAAUGUGCCGAUCCAUGUUGAUGCUGCUAGUGGAGGAUUUAUCGCUCCUUUUCUUCAUCCUGAGCUUGAGUGGGACUUCAGGCUACCAUUGGUGAAGAGCAUCAAUGUUAGUGGGCACAAGUAUGGCCUUGUCUACCCUGGAGUUGGCUGGGUCGUUUGGCGGAGCAAAGACGAUUUGCCUGAAGAACUAAUUUUCCAUAUAAACUAUCUAGGAACAGAUCAGCCCACAUUUACACUGAACUUCUCCAAAGGUGCAAGCCAGAUAAUUGCACAAUACUACCAAAUGAUACGCCUUGGCUUCGAGGGAUACAAGCACAUCAUGGAGAAUUGCCAGGCAAAUGCAGCCGUGCUGAGGGAGGGCAUGGAGGCCACUGGCCGAUUAAGCAUCGUGUCCAAGGAGGACGGCGUGCCAUUAGUCGCCGCCUCGCUCAAGGACAACACUAAAUUCAGCGUGUUCGACGUCUCCGAGAACCUGCGGAAAUUCGGCUGGAUCGUGCCAGCCUACACGAUGGCUCCUGACGCGGAGCAUGUCGCCGUCCUCCGUGUGGUCAUCAGGGAGGACUUCAGCAGGAGCCUCGCCCAGCGGCUCCUCACGGACAUCAACAAGGUCCUGCACGAGCUGGACGCCCAUGCAGCCCAUGCCAUUAAGGUCACUGCUCCUACCGCAACACAAAACGGCAAUGGCGUGAACGGCGACGACACCGUGACACAGAAGAGCGUCCUGGACACCGAGAAGAAGUUCGUUGCGGCCUGCAUGUCCCUGGUAAAGAAAGAUAAAAAGACUGGAGUCUGCUGAAGGGCAUGCUCAGGCUCACGCUUGAAGCUCAUUUUAUGCCUAUGUAUCUAUAAUUUUUUGUACGUGGAUUCCACUGCCUGUCAGCUUGCUAGAGAUUGAUGCGCAGCGUCUGUGGUUCUGUAUAGUACAGGACACCUCUGGAUGGAGGUUAUGUACGUAUUUGUUGUUUGCUUUAGUUAUGCCUUGAAAUGUUACGUGUUUGCUGCA